CGACUCCGUCGUAGAGAACACCGGAAGGGAUCAAGAAACAUCCUGUCGAGAUGGAGCGAGUCCAGACUACAGAGGAGAAUUAUGCGAAUCCAAAAACUUGCCUUUUCCAUGUUCUUUUCAAGGCUGCAUCGUUGGCUUUCUACAUACUCUCAGCGCUCUUCAUCGAUAGUUUUGUGAUCAUUUUUGUGGUCACUGUUUUUCUUGCGGCUCUCGAUUUCUGGGUCGUCAAGAACGUCAGCGGGAGGAUACUGGUCGGGCUGAGGUGGUGGAAUGAGAUAGAUGAGCGAGGAGAGAGCGUCUGGAAGUUCGAAUGCUUGGAUCAGGAGUCUCUUGCGCGUAUGAACAAGAAGGAUUCCUGGCUCUUUUGGUGGACGCUUUAUAUCACGGCUGUUGCUUGGAUUUUCCUUGCGAUAUUCUCACUUAUAAGGUUUCAAGCAGAUUAUCUACUAGUUGUGGGAGUUUGUUUAAGCCUCAGCAUUGCAAACAUUGUGGGCUUCACUAAAUGCCGUAAAGAUGCCAAGAAACAGAUCCAACAAUUUGCUAGUCAGACAAUCGCAUCGCAUUUGACAUCAUCGUUGCAGUCAGCAUUUAGUAUCGUCUGAAAUAACAAAUGAACCGAGGAAAUGCUGCAAGUUCGUCACGUUAAGAGGAUAUUGUUUUUCCGGAAGAAAAGGCCGCUUUAUCCUCACUUCUUUUUUUUUUUAUCUUGACCAUUGUACCACACAAGAAAUUUAUUUACUUGUAAUGAAGUCGUUAUGCCAUUUG